AUGGCUUCCAGUCCUAUACUCUAUCGCCAGUAUCAAGGCGAGUCGGAUCUACCACAUAUCAUGGCCUUGGUACAGAGCGAGCUCAGCGAGCCCUACGCAUACCCAGCCGAUUCCGUCGACGCCGCGCCGGUAGGAGUCAUUGUGUGCAAGCAGAGUAUCCACAACGAUCUUGCAAACAGAGGAUACAUCGCAAUGCUCAGUGUUGAUAAGAAGUGGAGGAAACGUGGUAUAGCUAGCUCGCUCGUUCAAAGUUCAAUUCAAGCAAUGAAGCAGGAUGGUGUCGAUGAGGUCGUUCUCGAAACUGAAUACGACAACUUCGCCGCACUCUCGCUCUACGAAUCCCUGGGGUUCAUCCGCGAAAAACGGCUGUACCGGUUUUAUCUAAAUGGGAAGGACGCGUUCCGGCUGGUGCUUGCCGUCAUGCCGCAACCGAUUGACGAUGGGGGCGAGAACACUCCGCCUGCAGAAUCAUCCUUGAGUAAGAGAUAUGCCAACAGGCGGCGGGAGGCAUCCUAUCGUGCCAUAUGUGUCUCGCCCUAUUCUGACGAUGAGGACGAGGUGUCCUCUCGUUAA